CAUUUGUUCCUGUGAUUUAUAACCGCCACCAAUCUUGAACAGUGGUUGCCUUAUCUUCUAUUCUGGUUUCUUCUGCUCUUGUUAGUAAACAGAAGAGAAAUACUUAACACAGAGCCGAGCACUCUUAAUCUCAAAAGACAGACUGUGUACAGUAUGUUCUGUACAAAACUGAAGGACUUGAAGAUCACAGGGGAAUGUCCUUUCUCCUUACUGACUCAAAGCCACAUUACGGAUGAACAUGAGCCGGACUGCACGGAAAACAGCUCCAAAGCAGCUCAGCCCAUCUGCCAAGAAGUCCAUGAACAGGAUGCUCAUGGAAACCUUCCACAAAGGAAAACGAGCAGAAGUAGAGUGUAUCUGCACACAUUAACGGAAAGCAUCUGCAAGUUAAUCUUUCCUGAGUUUGAAAGACUAAAUAUUGCACUUCAGAGAACAUUAGCAAAACACAGAAUAAAAGAAAGCAGAAGCCCUGGAGACAGAGAAGAUUUUGAAAAAAUAAUUAGUGAUCAUGCUAAUGCAGCAGGUGUACCCGUGGACAGUCUGAGGGAAUCUCUUGGUGAAGAGCUAUUCAAAAUAUGCUAUGAAGAGGACGAACACAUAUUAGGGGUUAUUGGAGGAACCCUUAAGGACUUCUUGAACAGUUUUACUACUCUGCUGAAGCAGAGUGGCCAUAGCCAAGAAGCAGGAAAAAAGGACAGACUUGAAGAAGCCUCUAUACUAUGCCUGGAGAAAGACCAAGACUACCUAAAUGUGUAUUACUUCUUUCCUAAGAAAAUCACAAGUCUUAUCCUAUCUGGCAUUAUUAAAGCAGCAGCUCGUAUUUUGUAUGAAACUGAAGUAGAGGUGAUGCUCAUGCCUCCUUGUUUCCAUAAUGACUGCACUGAGUUUGUUAAUCAGCCUUAUUUGCUGUACUCUAUUCAGGUUAAAAAUGCAAAACCUUCCUUAUCUCCAUGUAAACCAGAGUCCUCCCUUGUUAUUCCUGCCUCUAUGUUCUGUAAGACUUUCCCAUUUCACUUUAUGUUUGACAAGGAUAUGUGUGUUCUACAAAUUGGAAACGGGAUAAGAAGACUUUUGACUAGGAGAGAACUUCAAGCAAAGCCUAAUUUUGAAGAGUAUUUUGAAAUUCUUGCCCCCAAAAUAAGCUGCACUUUUAGUGGAAUUAUGACAAUGCUAAAUAUGCAAUUUACUGUACGAGUGAGAAGAUGGGAAAAUACUGAAAUGAAAUCAUCUAUGGUUAUGGAUCUUAAAGGCCAAAUGAUCUAUAUUUUUGAAUCCAGUGCCAUCUUGUUCUUGGGAUCUCCUUGUGUGGAUAGGCUAGAAGAUUUUACAGGGCGUGGACUGUACCUCUCCGAUAUUCCCAUUCACAAUGCCCUGAGAGAUGUUGUUCUGAUAGGAGAGCAAGCCAGAGCUCAGGAUGGACUGAAGAAGAGGCUGGGAAAGUUAAAAGCAACCCUUGAGCAGGCCCAUCAAGCCCUUGAAGAGGAAAAGAAGAAGACGGUGGAUCUUCUGUUCUCUAUUUUUCCUGGAGAGGUUGCUCAGCAGCUGUGGCAAGGACAAGUUGUGCAAGCCAAGAAAUUUAAUAAUGUCACAAUGCUUUUCUCUGACAUUGUUGGAUUCACUGCCAUCUGCUCCCAGUGUUCACCUAUGCAGGUUAUCACCAUGCUUAAUGAGCUUUAUACUCGCUUUGAUUACCAGUGUGGAGAGCUAGAUGUCUAUAAGGUGGAGACUAUUGGAGAUGCCUACUGUGUGGCGGGAGGUUUACACAAAGAAAGUGAAACGCACGCUGUUCAAAUCGCGUUGAUGGCCCUGAAGAUGAUGGAGCUGUCAGAUGAGGUGAUGUCUCCCCAUGGAGAGCCUAUCAAGAUGCGCAUUGGCCUUCAUUCUGGAUCUGUCUUUGCUGGAGUUGUUGGGGUUAAAAUGCCCCGUUAUUGCCUCUUUGGAAACAAUGUAACCCUUGCCAAUAAGUUUGAAUCUUGCAGUAUACCCAGAAAAAUAAAUGUCAGCCCCACCACUUACAGGUUGCUAAAGGACGAUCCAGGUUUUGCUUUCACACCUCGCUCAAGAGAAGAACUUCCACCAAAUUUUCCCAGUGAUAUCCCUGGAAUUUGUUAUUUUCUGGAUGCUUAUAUUCAAGGAACAAACUCACAGACUUGGUUUCAAAAGAGAGAUUUUGGAGAUGGCAAUGCUAAUUUCUUGGGCGAGGAAACAGGCAUAGACUAAAGUGUACAUUCACUAGUGUACAUAGUAAUUUUAUAAGUACUCAAAUUUUUUGUAUAAAUUGAAAAUUUAAAAAAAUGUAUGAAACAUGAAAGCACUUUAGAUUGCUAACACCUGAAAGCCAGUAUUAAAAUUUCAGGAAGUAUGUCACUGA